CACUUCUCGGUAAAAAUAUUCAGAUUUAUACACAUUUAUACAUGCAUUAAAAGACGCUAUAACCUGGUGGUGUCGUAUAUCUUCUUCGACGUCCGGCAUAUUGGUCACGUAAUUUACUGGUUUUUACGUUCCCUACAGUAAAUUACUUAAUUCACAUAAUAUAUGUCGAAGACCUUUAGUGCAAUAAACGUCUUUAUAUAUAUGAAAAUCUAAUUUGAAAUGUCUUCAGUUUCGAAAUCUGAUCACAAAUUAUCAUUAGCCAGCCAAGCUGAAAUUCUGCGUGCUCGACAACGAGACGAUGAUUUCAUUGAACAUUUAAGAGAACGGUACAAUAAUUUAUUACACAAGGUUGGAGGAUAUCGAACUGCCUUGCGCUUUUUGCGAUCAGAUGUUCCAGCUAAGUUAGUCUACUUUGCUGCUACGUCAGGCCUGGGUAAUCAAACUCUGGGAGAAGAAUACACCGGCAUUGUCCAAGCUAAUUUAAAUGUUCGCAAAGUUCCAUCCUUGACGGCAAGGAUCACGUCUGUAAUGCUAGAAUGUUUUGGAGAAUGGAUACUUCUUGACUUUUUAGAACGACUCAGAAAAUCUAUACAUCAUCCACAAUAUAAAUUAACGCAAAAGGCUAAAACAUUUUUUGAUAAGCUCCUCUCAGGAUUGCGUCUUGUAGUUCCUACAUUAAUAUUCACACAUCGUGGUUUGUUUUAUAUAUUUGGUAGAUAUUACAGUUUGGGAAAAAGACUAACCAGUAUAGACUACGUUAAGGUAUACGGUAGGCAUCCAGCAGAUGGAAUUUACUGGGGUCUAAGAUUGCUCGGCGUCGUUACCCUCCUUCGCUGUAUCCUACAAUUGCAACAGAGCCAAGAUACGUCUCAUAACGAGGCAAGUGAGAAUACCUUGGAUGUCGGGAGGCAAACAGGAGACAAGUGUCGUCUGUGUCUGGAGGCUGAUCCUACAACGGCAACGCCUUGCGGUCACUGCUUCUGCUGGAGUUGUCUCACCGACUGGCUACGUUCCGAGCCAAGAUGUCCCCUAUGCAGAGAGCGAAUAACUCCUUCUAGAGUCGUGCAUUUAAAAAAUCCUUGAACAGGACAUCAAACCGAUUCAUCAAAUUUAUGCCACG